UUGACCACAGCUUAGUGGCAGAAAAUGCAUGAUGAAGGACUGAGGUUCCAUGCCAGACACCUCCAGCUAAAAGGAUUUUGGGGGCUAGGCUGGGAAAGACCCCUCCUUUCUGUCUGAGAACCUGCAGAGCAGCUGUCAGUUAGAGUAGACCAGGCCUGCUCAACUUAGCCCCCCCAGCUGUUUUUGGACUACAACUCCCAUAAUUCUCAGCCACAGCAGCCAAUAGCCAGGGAUUAUGGGAAUUGUAGGCCAACAUCUGCAGGAGGGCCGAAGUUGAGCAGGCCUGGAGUAGACAGGUGGACCCAGGGAUGGACUUCAUAUAUAUCCCUGAGCCAUUUUGGAAGGGUGGGAUAGAUAGAUAGAUAGUUAGAUAGAUAGAUAGAAUAAAUAUAAAGCAGCCUCCAUAGUCUAAGGGAGACUACAGGAGAGUUGGGGAUGAGAUCUGGUCUUGCAAUAGCAAACAUGAAUUGCCCCCUUUCCUAAGCAGGUUCUGCCCUAGCUUGCAUUUGGAUGGGUGACUAUAUGUGAGCACUAAGAUCUUCCCCUUGAGGGAUGGGGCCAUAGCUCAGUGCUAGAGCAUCUGUUUUGCAUGCAGAAGAUCCCAGGUUCAAUGCCUGCCAGCAUCUCCAGGGAGAGCUGGGAGAGACCCCUGCCUGCAACCUUGGGGAGCUGUUGCCAGUCAGGGUAGAUAGUAUUGAACUAGAUGGACAAAUGGUCUGACUUGGUAUAAGGCAACUUCCUAUGUCCCUGUGUCUGUAGCUGAAGGGCAAGUUCUAGCAGCCUAGCAAGUUCAUGGGAAAGGGGGUUGUGUGAAAAGGCUCCUCAGGCAGAGAACAGGGAGCCCAAACCUUUUCAUGAUUAGUUAUAUGCAUCAGAGCCAGCGUGUUGUAGUGGUUAGAGUGCUGGACUAGGACCGGGGAGACCCGAGUUCAAAUCCCCAUUCAGCCAUAAUACUAGCUGGGUGACUCUGGGCCAGUCACUUCUCUCUCAGCCUAACCUACUUCACAGGGCUGUUGUGAGGAGAAACUUAAGUAUGUAGUACACCGCUCUGGGCUCCUUGGAGCAAGAGCAGAAUAUAAAAUGUUAAUAAUAAUUAAUAAUAAUAAUAAUAAAUAAUAAUAAACACAGGAAAAUAAUGCCUUUAUUGGACCACACAAGUCUUUGUAAUGCAGUAUGUAAGCUUUUGAAUUAUGCAGAACUCUUCCUAUGGCUGAAUUUGCUAAAGAAUGAAAAGGGAGGGGUGUUUCUGAGUGAAGGCCAAGAAGUGUCAAUGUUUUGGCUUGUGCCUAUCUCUGAUUCUUUGGGUUUGUUUUCUUUCCUUCAAGAAGAAGCUGGAAACAGUUGGCUUUUGUUGUCCAGGAACUGUUUGUCUGGAGACCACAAUAACUUGCAGCGCAUGGCCAUCAGUCUGCAUUUGGGCUCUCAAGACUGCACACUGGUCUCUUCAUACAGUCCUUGCCCUUUUAGGAGCUGCAUUUGAACACACAGAGAGAGAAAAUGGAUGCUCUAAGCCCAGCAGGUGCUGACACAGGAAACAGAGCUGGAAAAGACCCUGAUGCCCCCCAGGCUGGGAGCACUGGGGAAUUCUGGGAAAGGACUGAGCAGAAGGUCCUGGGAGAAGACACCAGCAGUUCAGAUGCACAGUGCCUGCGCUUCAGGCAGUUCUGCUACCAGCAGGCCAAGGGGCCCCAAGAGGUUUGCAGCCAACUCCACAGCCUUUGCUGUCAGUGGCUGAAACCAGAAAAGCACACAAAAUUGCAAAUCUUGGACCUGGUGAUCCUGGAGCAGUUCCUGACUGUCCUUCCCCCGGAGAUGGAGAGCUGGGUCAGAGAAUGCGGAGCGGAGACCAGUUCCCAGGCAGUGGCCCUGGCAGAAGGUUUCCUCUUGAGCCAGGCAGAGGACAAGAGGCAGGAAGAGCAGCAGGUGCUAGGACCCUCCCGAGUGGCUACGGAUUUCCUUCAGACCAAGGAGGUGCCAUUGGACAUCAGGCAGAGUCCGCUGUUCAGGUGGAUUGUACAGGAAGCUGACAGAGGGCCCACCUGUCUAGAUGGAGAAAUGACCCUGGAGCUUCAAUCUUGGCCAUCUCCAGUUUGUGUUCAGGCAGAAACAGUUGCUGUGUGGCCUGACCAGAGUCUAGUGACCUUUGAGGAGGUGGCUGUGUAUUUCUCCGAGGAGGAAUGGGCUCUGCUGGAUCCAGCCCAAAGGACUGUAUACACAGAAGUCAUGAUGGAGAAUUAUAGGAACGUGGCCUCUUUGGCAGGCUGGGAGACCAAAAAGAAGAAGAGAAAGCAACAUCGGGAGUCUGUGGAAGGAGUCAGGUGGCCAGUGGGAGAAGAGAAGAGAAGAAAAACUGAAGCAAAACCAAAGUGGAGGACUAAAACCUUGGCUUCUCAGAGAGGUGAAACCCCAAACAAAGAGAAAAAAGAGAAAGAGGGGGGAAAGAAUAUCACCAAUAUGUGUGGGGAUAGCUUUAAUCCUGAAUUGCAUCUUAGUGAUCACAAUUUUAUCCACAGAGGGGAGAAACCAUAUAGUUGCUCAGAGUGUGGAAAGAGCUUCAGUCGAAGCACACACCUAAAAAGACAUCAAAUAAUCCACACAGGGGAGAGGCCAUAUAGAUGCUCAGAGUGUGGAAAGAGCUUCAGUCAAAGGAUAAACCUUACUACACACCAAAGUGUGCACACGGCCGUGAAGCCAUUUGUAUGCUCAGAGUGUGGAAAGAGUUUCAGCCAGAGGAUAAACCUGAUUACGCACCAAAGAGUGCACACUGCCGAGAAACCGUAUCAGUGCUCAAUGUGUGGAAAGAGCUUCAGUCAACGGAUAAACCUUGUGACCCAUGAAAGAAUGCACACUGCAGAGAAACCAUAUCAAUGCUCCGAGUGUGGAAAGAGCUUCAGUCGAAGCACACACCUUGGGAGACAUCAGAGAAUCCACACAGGAGAGAAACCAUUUACAUGCUCUGAAUGUGGAAAGGGCUUCACUCAGAGGGUAAACCUUAUGACACAUCAAAGAGUGCACACGGCUCAGAAGCCAUAUAUAUGUUCAGAGUGUGGAAAGAGUUUCAGCUACAGCUCAAGUCUUACUUACCAUCAAAGAACCCACACAGGAGAGAAGCCAUUUAAAUGUUCAGAGUGUGGAAAGAGCUUCAGUCAGAAGAUAAACCUUACAAGGCAUCAGAGAAUCCACACAGGGGAGAAGCCAUAUACAUGCUCAGAGUGUGGAAAGAACUUCAGGCUCAGCAUCACCCUAACUUCACAUUACAGAAUCCACACAGGGGAAAAGCCAUAUAAAUGUUUGGAGUGUGGAAAGAGCUUUACUCAGAAGAUACACCUUACUAGUCAUCAAAGUGUCCACACAGGUGAGAAACCACAUAAGUGCUCAGUGUGUGGGAAGAGCUUCAGUCUCAGUUUUAUUCUAACUUCACAUUACAGAACGCACACCGGGGAGAAGCCAUUUACAUGCCUAGUGUGUGGAAAGAGCUUCAGGCAGAACUCUGACCUUACUGAACAUCAAAGAAUUCACACAGGGGAGAAACCCUAUACUUGCUUGGUGUGUGGAAAGAGCUUCAGCCAGAGUUCAAACCUGCAUGAACAUCAAAGAGUCCACACAGGAGAGAAACCCUAUACAUGUCUGGAAUGUGGAAAGAGCUUCAGCCGCAGCUCCAGCCUUACUUGCCAUCAAAAAACCCACACAGGGGAGAAACCUCAUCAAUGCUCAGUGUGUGGAAAAAGCUUCCGUCAGAAGAUAAAUCUCACAAGGCAUCAAAGAAUCCAUGCAGGAAGGCAUCCUAUGGAUAACAGGAAUGCCUGGAGUGUGGAAACAAGUUGUGAUAGACCACAGAUUUUAGGAACAUAGGAAGCUUCCUUAUACCGAGUCAGGUCAUUGGUCCAUCUAGCUCAGUAUUGUCUACCAGCGGCUUCUCCAAGGUUGCAUACAGGAGUCUCUCUCAGCCCUAUCUAGGAUCUGCCAGGAAGGGAACUUGGACCCUUCUGAAUGCAAGCAUGCAGGUGCUCUUUCCAGAGCACACCUAUCCUAUAGGGGAAUAUCUUACAGUGCUCACAUGUAGUCACCCAUUCAAAUGCAAACCAGGGCAGACCCUACUAAGUUAAGGCGACAAUGCAUUCUUGCUACCACAAGAUCAGCUCUCCUCCCACAGACUCCUUGUUUCCACACUCCCACAGAGCUUCAUAUCCAAUGAUUCACCUGUAGGCAAUGCUUCAUAAAUAGAGGGAAGCUUGACUAGACUUUUAGUACAAAGAGAGAAUUCGUACAGUGGGAGGGGAAAUCUAGAAAUGCUCAUCAAGUGGCAGAUACUUCUAAUGACAUCAGACUAUUAGUGAGUGCUAGAAACAAACUUCUUGAGCAUCUGACUAUUCCUGUGGCUAGCUUCCCUUCACUUAGCACAGUUUUCCUGCCUUUACAGGGAUGGAUCUAGGGGUGUGUCCGAACCGGUCCG